CUUUAAAAAAUAAAUUGUGCCUCUUUCCUGGCUGGAACCAUGGAAGGUGCUGAAGAGAAGAAAAAGAAGGUUCCUGCUGUGCCAGAAACCCUUAAGAAGAAGCGAAAGAAUUUCGCAGAGCCUAAGAUCAAGCGCCUGAGAAAGAAAUUUGCCUGGAAGAUGCUUCGAAAGGCAAGGAGGAAGCUUACCUAUGAAAAAGCUAAGCACUAUCACAAGGAAUACCGACAGAUGUACAGAACUGAAAUUCGAAUGGCUAGGAUGGCAAGAAAAGCUGGCAACUUCUAUGUACCUGCGGAACCCAAAUUGGCAUGUCGGAUCAGAGGUAUCAAUGGUGUGAGCCCAAAGGUUCGAAAGGUGUUGCAGCUUCUUUGCCUCCGUCAGAUUUUCAAUGGCACCUUUGUGAAGCUCAACAAGGCUUCAGUUAACAUGCUGAGAAUUGUGGAACCAUACAUUGCAUGGGGGUACCCAAAUCUGAAGUCAGUAAAUGAAUUGAUCUACAAGCGUGAUUAUGGCAGAAUCAACAAGAAGCGAAUUGCCCUGACGGAUAACGUGUUGAUUGCUCGAUCUCUUGGCAAAUACGGUAUUAUCUUCAUGGAAGAUCUGAUUCAUGAGAUCUAUACUGUUGGAAAACGUUUCAAAGAAGCAAACAACUUCCUGUGGCCCUUCAAAUUGUCUUCUCCACGAGGUGGAAUGAAGAAAAAGAUUUCCCAUUUUGUAGAAGGUGGAGAUGCUGGCAACAGGGAAGACCAGAUCAACAGACUUAUGAGGAGGGUGGACUAAG